AUGAUGCACAUCCUUGCAGCAACGCUGCUUGUUGCUGUUUCUCAGGCCGUUGCCUCGCAGUCGUGCGCUGGCUUUUCGCCGAACCCGAUUCCGAUUUCACAGCUGGCAAACCACUUUCCACCUCAGAAAGUCGCGAAUGUAGAAGCGCUCCUCGAGACCGAGGCAAUUCGCCAAACGCUCUCACUGUAUGCCUACGUCAUAGACGCCCGCGACUUCGAUUCGCUGUCCGACGUCUUCACCACGGAUGCAAUAGCCAAUUACUCGGCGCCACUUGGUGUCUUGAACGGCAUCGAAUCAAUCACAACAACGCUGUCGGCCUCUCUUGCACAGUUUCCUGGGACGCAGCAUCUCCUUGGUAGCCAAACCAUUCGUCUCUGUAACAAGACGGAAGCGAUCAGCGCAACGUACUUGAGGGCUGCACAUUUCUUGCAGCGGAACGUGACGGGAGGCGUGCUUGAUGUGGCGGAUUAUUCGAGCAUGCUGUAUGCGUACGGGCAGUAUCAAGACUCGUGGGUGAAGCGUGAUGGGCUGUGGAAGAUCAAGUACAGGAACCUGGUGUAUAUGGGGCCUUUGAUCACACAUUUGAGUUGA